AUGAAUGAACUAAAUAGUGUUCCAGAAAAAGAUGUUGACUAUACUGAUUCUUUGCAACAGCUUCCAAUUAUUGACCUUGGAAAAUUAUUGUCCGAAGAUAUGAAGGGGGCUGAAUUGGAGAAGCUUGGUGUUGCAUGCAAAGAAUGGGGUUUCUUUCAGCUUAUUAAUCAUGGACUUAGCAUGGCAUUAGUAGAAGAUGUGAAGAUAGGUGCUAAAGAACUUUUCAAUCUUUCAAUGGAAGAGAAGAGUAAGCUUUUGCAGAAACCAGGAGAUAUGGAAGGGUUUGGAGAAAUGGUUGACUUUUCUAAAAAUGAGCCAUCGGAUUGGGUAGAGUCGUUUUACAUUUUCACACUUCCUUCCCACUUAAGGAAGCCUCAUUUAUUCCCUAGUUUACCACUUCCAUUUAGGGAAAAUUUAGAGGCUUAUUGUAUAAAGAUCAGAGAACUUUCCAUCAACAUUAUGGUUUUUAUGGGGAAAUCUCUUGGCAUAGAAUCAGAUGAUAUUAAAGAGUCACUAGGAGAAGGUGGCCAGUCAAUUAGGAUGAAUUACUAUCCUCCUUGUCCUCAACCAGACAAUGUCAUUGGCCUUAAGGCUCAUACCGAUGGCUCUGCCCUUACAGUCCUUUUCCAAAACAAUGAAGUUGAAGGACUCCAAAUAAAAAAAGAUGGAACAUGGAUCAGUGUUAAGCCUCUCCCAAAUGCUUUCAUCGUUAGUCUUGGAGAUGUUAUGGAGGUAAUGACAAAUGGUGUAUAUAAGAGCACAACACAUAGAGCUAUAGUAAACUCAGAAAAAGAGAGACUAUCUAUAGCUACAUUUUAUGGUCCAGAAUGGUGUGGAAAUAUAGGUCCAUUAUCAUGUCUUGUAACUCAAGAAACACCACCAUUGUUCAAAACAAUUGGUGUAGCUGAUUUUUACAAGGGAUAUCUUUCACCUGAGCAUCCUGGUAAAUCAUAUAUAAAUGAUGUUUUGAGAAUCUAA